GGUCUAAUUUAAAGGGCAAUGAAGAAAUGGGGGAUUCCAAAUGCUCGUCAAAAUUUUUCAAAAUACCCUACAGCAGGCUAAAAGAGUAAAAGUGUCCAAUUAACCAUGAUGGAAAUGAAAAUAAAGGCCCCUUGAAAUGUAGUACAUGAUUUCUGAAGGUGUGCAGUGGAACAUACUGACAGCUAUUCUUUUUAUGAGUCAGUGACUCUCUGUUCAAAGGAUCCAUGUGACACUGAGGUAUCAAAAGCAUACAAUGACAUUUAGACACAUUGCCUCAGACACUGAAAAUGGAAAAAAAAAAAAGAUUUUUUUUUUCAUUUUGAUACAUUAUAUGACUUCUACAGAUUUCUGACGUAUAAUGGUCUAAAUUCUGCGUCAGCACUGCACAUAAUGCAGUGAUUAGCAAAAUGACGAAAUGGUUGAAAUUUGAAAUGGUUAUGAUAACAGCAUUAUUUAAUUUCAAACAUAAUAUUUUAAUUUAAUUAAUCUAAUUAACUUGUCAAAUAAGGUCCCUUCAAGGUUCAACUUUGCAUGUUAUUCCACAAAAGAUACUUCUAUGAUUUAGUCUAAAAUGGUGUGUCCUCUACAAACAGGACAGAGGCUAAAAUAGAGUGAGGAAAGGGAUCUACUGCUUUACUAGAUGGUAUAUCCUGAGGAGGAUCCAGAUACCAUGAGGGUAUCGAUCCAUGUGAGACCAGCAGCUUGUUCAUGGACAGCACUAUCAAAACUUUGCUACCAGAGGGCUCCUGUGAAUGAUGAAUUUUGCAAUUGGUGUGGCGUUCUGUUUUUCGGAAAUAAAAUGUUUUAUUACAGCAAUCAAAUAUUUCACUGCACUGAUUUUGGGAGAUAUAUCAGAAUAAACUUAUGCAGCUAAUGACAAGCUAGACCAGUUCAGCCAGAAUGAAUGGGAAACAUUUUUUGACAUUUCAACAACAUUCAUGGGGAAACAAGAAACAUACCAGCUCCGCUAGGUUUAAUAAUGUUUGACACCCCAGGUCUAAAUCCUGUCCUUCCUGGUGAUGACCAUAAAUCCAGACUGAAUGACUCCAUCACCAAGCAGGGGGAGAGGCACUGUCACUGUGUGACUAUGAUCCUUAUGACCUUGGGGGCCUUUCUGUUAGCUAGAACAAGUCUGUCCAUUCUCCUCUCUCAUUAACAUUAAAUUAACAACUCUUGCUGGAAUUGCAGCCACAUCAUUCACUGUUUGGAGGAGCAGGCUAUUUGUGCUGCCGUUCCUAAUAAAGUGACCACUGUGUGUGUGUGUGUGUGUGUGUCUUUUGCUUGCCUCAGCUGCUGAGUCACAAUUGCAGUAAGAUGUCUGCUGCUGUGUGUAUUUAGGGAUCUCAAACUCAUCCUCUAGCAGUUCCCCAUAAAAGGCUGGUCCUGAGUGGACAGCAUUAGAUCUCUGUUUUAAAUUAAGAAUCAGAUUAAUUUCAGUAUAGUCAACCUAUUUAUCAACUGUAGUGAAAUGAAUUUUGCCUUAAAAACCCAAUAAAUAAUGAAGCGCAUUGAUAAAAAAAAUUUCUCAUCUUUAAGUUCUAUCACAUUUCAGAAAGUCACAGUUUACUUGUAUUACAUAAAUAUGACUCUUUUCUUGUGUUACUUUUGGUAAGACUGGCUAUGAUAUAAAGACAAUUUAACAAUAUGACGGCAAAAAAAUGUGCGCCUUUAAGAACUGAACAUUUAUCACUUGCCCAUGCUUCAGCUAACUGUGGCAUUUUAAAAAUUACUGCGUGCAAUCUUAAACUGAUUUCCUCUCAUUUUAUUGACACAAGCUACAGAAGACAUUAUAUUUGUAAUGUAUUUCUCCUUCUGAAUCUACAAUCUCCAAUAAGUGCAUGGGGGAAAAUGCACAGCACUGUAAAUAAAGACCAGCUCACCACACUAAGGCCAUCUUCAAUGCAAAAACCAGUUAGAUAUCAGCCAGUUGUCUGGACCUCUUUCCCACUGGCCUUCCCUCCAUUCAUGUACUGCAUGUCCCACAUACAUUACAUUAUACACAUCCACUCACCCCCCAUAACCCGUGAUUGCUUUUUCUCAGGCACACACACAUGUUCCUGACACACACACACACACACAAACAAUUUGGAUCAUUGAACUGGUUCCCAAACUGUACCACUGCCAUCCCUCUGAAAGCACUCUGUGCUUCCAUCUGGCAAAAAGGGCCCCCAUUGUCCCCAGCUUCAUCUCUCUCCCUGAAUUGAGGACAAGCUUGGCAGGGAAUGUAACUGUGGCCUUUGGCUGAAUAGUUUUCUCACAGCACUGAAAAGGUGCUGUUUUUGUUGUGGGUAUUCUCCAGACAAAAUCUGUGAUAAAGCUUCAAGAUGGUUGGUUAAUCAUGUCGCAGACUUUCUAAAUGAAUUGGGCAUACCAAAAAGGUUUUUAUUAAGAUUUUUUACAAUAAGAGGAAUGGUUUGCUGCUAAUUAACAAACUACUGGAGUAUUAAUUCAGCAUGUCAAUUAAUAAUCUGCCUCUUUCCCUUAAAAUUCACUGUGAAAUGUCUUGGUAUACCCUUUUUAGUUUUUGAUCACCUCACACUGCUGGCAUGCACACUGUUCCAGCAUGCCAGUCACUAGCAUAACCAUCUUCACUGGUCUAUGCUGGUUUGUGCCACAGGGCAAUCUCUCUUUACUUAUUUUUUAAUGGAAAGUAAAUUCAUUACUUCUUUAAAUCUCAAAUGUGGCUAGAAUGUUUAUCUGCACGUACACUGUAAAGUUUGUUCCUUACAAAACACGUUCCCAUGUGACUGAGCAAUGCGACACGUUGGAAUUCCUUUCCAGUCCUGUAAUUCCUGACACUGAACUGUGAAUUGUAAGUAAAAAUAUAUAAAUAAAACAGCUUUUCUACGUUUAUUGCCCCUUUCGUGUAAACACUCACAUAGGCAUACAAAAGGGAUAUGUCACCCCACAUAAAAGAAAAAAUAGUGAUAUCAUCAAAAUUCUUUCUCCCGCCUCCUCACUGGUGAGCAUUUAUUCAAUUCAGCAGUGGGUUGCACCGUUCCCAUGGCAUUAACUGACUCAAUACCACAAGAUAAAGGCGAGCAUGAAGGAGACCUUCCAAUUCAGACUGUCGAAGAACUUCGAAAUAAGCUAUGAUAACAUAACUACGUUUAGAUUUUUUGAAAACGUCGUGGUGUCAAACAAAAAAUUGCGCCUUGUUUAUUCUUUGGAACAGAGAAUGUAAGGCGCGGUGACGGCCUUCACCUGCCAGCUGGUUUAUGGAGGAGGAGAUACGGCAUGUAGCUACCUGUUUUCACUUUCUGAUACGCGCUGUUAUGUUUUGCCGGUCUGUGGACUAAACAAACGACCCUUGUUGUCGGAUUCCCGUCAUAAUCUGCGGCGAGGAAUGUGAAGCUGGGGGAUUAACGGAGUUUAUUCUUUAAAUACAGAAACGUGCUAUAAUACAAUGCGGUCCGUGCGUUCCCGUUCCUGUCUUUUGUUAGAGAGAAAAGAGGUUUCCCAUCCUCCCAGCAGAAUUCCCCAUUAGCGUUAGAAACCUGCCAUCACAUCGCAGACUGAACAGUGUCCGCCUUCAAUGCUGCUAUGACUUCCUGGAAACGCUACAUUCUACGUUGCUUGGUCCUAACUGCUGUGAUUAAAACAUCUCAUUCCGCUGAUAACGAUUGUACUUCACCUUCCAUAAAAACCUGCAAUGAGUGCCUCUAUCGUGGACCUGAGUGUGGCUGGUGCUUUCAGGAGGGAUUUCUAGAUGGAGCCCAGAUAAGUGAAAGAUGUGACUUUGUUCCCAACCUGGUGCAAAAAGGCUGUGAGCUGGAAUUUAUUGAACAUCCUGCCAUUAGAGUGGAAGUGAAUGCCACUCUAUCCAGCACACAGGUGACGCCAAAAGAGAUCACAGUUCAGUUACGAGCAGGCAGUGAAACCAGCUUUGUUUUGGAAGUAAGACAGCUGGAACGGUACCCUGUGGACAUGUACUACUUGGUGGAUGUGUCAGCAUCGAUGCAGGAUAAUCUAGAUAGGCUGAAGACUGUGGGAAUCACACUGUCAGAGAGGAUGAAGGAAUAUUCCAGUGACUUCCGAGUGGGCUUUGGUUCUUUUGUGGAUAAACCCGUCUCUCCGUACAUCAGCGUUCAUCCUUCAAAAAUCAGAAAUCCCUGCAGUGACUAUGACACCCAGUGCCGCCCAGCACAUGGGUUCAUCCACGUUCUCCCAGUGACUGAAAACGUGACCGAGUUCACCCGUGUGAUCAAGCAACAGCGGAUAUCUGGGAACAUGGACACGCCUGAAGGGGGCUUUGAUGCCAUGCUACAAGCUGCCGUGUGCCAGAGGGAGAUUGGCUGGCGCCCAGAAGCAAAGCAUCUCCUCUUGGUUAUGACGGACCAGCCCUCUCACCUGGCCUUGGACAGCAAACUGGCUGGCAUUGUAGUGCCCCACGAUGGUAGCUGCCACCUGGAGAACAACACCUACACACAGACAACCAUCAUGGAGCACCCCAGCAUUGGCCAGCUGGCUGAAAAGCUACUUGAAAACAGCAUUUAUUCCAUAUUUGCUGUGGAACAGGUGCAAUAUAAGUGGUAUGAGGAUCUCAUUCCCUUACUGCCAGGUACCUAUCUGGGAAAACUACUGCCUAAAGCAUCAAAUCUAAAAGAUUUAGUCGUGGAAGCAUACAAGAAGCUCCUUUCAGAUGUGGAGGUGGAGAUUGUGAUCCAGAACAAUCAGAUCCAUCAAUUUUGGGUCAACAUCACUGCCUUGUGUCCAGAAGGAUCCAGAACUCAGGGCCUAAGCAAAUGCUCCAAUGUCAGACCAAAUCAGAUUGUUUACUUCAACAUCACAAUCGGGAUGAAAACCUGUCUGAGCCUUGAGGGAGACGAAGAGGUGCUGGUCAUCGUCAGGCCUGUGGGAUUUAACGAGACGACUGCAGUGAGAGUGAGGCCCGUCUGUGGGUGUCGGUGCGGACAGCGGGCGAGCUGUCUGGAUGGGGAGGAGGGCUCGGCCUGCGACGACGCCGGUGACGGACCAGGACCAGUGCAGGACUGCCAGCCCGCGGGGGCGGGGCCCGAAUGCAGCGGCAGGGGGGCGUGCGUGUGCGGGAAAUGCUCGUGUGACCACAGUGGCCUGGGGACCAUCCAUGGCAAAUACUGCCAAAUUGAUAACUUCUCCUGUCCCUACGAGCAGGGCCUGUCCUGCGGAGGACGUGGUCAGUGUGUCCUGGGCGAGUGCCUGUGCGUGAGCGGCUGGACGGGUGAGAGCUGUGGCUGUCCUUUGUCCACUGAGACCUGCCUGUCAGAAGAUGGGAGGCUGUGCAGCGGUCAGGGCAGAUGCAUCUGCGGAAGGUGCCAGUGUGAUGACCCCAGGCGUUCUGGGCAGUUCUGUGAGAAGUGUCCAUUGUGCAAUGGCUCCUGUCAGUCACACUGGAGGUGUGUGCUAUGUCACCUGUCACAUGACUUUUCUGUCCUGGGAGCAACAGAGUGCAAUAGGACCUGUUCUUCUACAGUCCACUAUGUUGAUGGCAUUCUUGGCUCCAGCAGUGAUAGCUCCAAGCUUUGCCUCUACCCAGCUGAGAGGUGCAACUGCAGGUUCCAGAUUGGCUCUGUGCAGGGCGUCACAGAGAUCCUCAUCGGCAGGCACCCAGAGUGCCUUGCAAGCCAGCGGUACAUUACUACAUUCAUCUUGGUCUUUCUCCUCACGCUUCUCCUGGGUUUGAGCAUCAUAGCCCUGCUGAAGUUCCUGCUGAUUCCCCGAUCUCAGACGCCCACUGAGCCCACCGUGGCAGUGUUCCAUGUGACCAAUAAGGAAAAGUCCUAUGUCCCCACUCCCAGUGAAAAGACUAUAACGUACAGAAGGGAACAGCCCCUGGAGAUGCACAUCCAUGUUCACAAGAUGCCCCUGAAUCCAGUUUGGCAGUGAGUCUCAGAGGACAAUGAGUCCAACCAAACCACACUCCUCCUGUGAUUUUGAUUGUGCAAUAAAGCCUGUGGUUAAAAUCUGCUCCAUGAACACGACAGACUGACCAUCAGGUUUGUCUAUAGGCAGAGAAGGCAACUCUUCUGCUAUACAGAGAUGUUGACGUGCAACUGGGAUAGGCAAGAUAAGUUAACCAUCACUGGUGGGCAAAUGGCCAGAUAUGGUUAUAGAACUGCACUUUCAUAUUCAUUUAGCAUGCACCACAGGAACUGAAGCAGUCACACUUGGAAUUAUCUAUAUAAGUUCUAUCAAUUUCAUACAUAAGGUUUACUUUAUAUUUAAUAUGUAAGGUUUACUUUAUAUCUUACAAACACCAGUUUAGAGGCUCCCUGGUCCCUGGAGUGCCCUGGUCCUUCAGUAGGUGAUUUAUGCCUGGAAUAGUACGCAAUUAAAAUUCUGAUCAACUUCUUAAAUAUAAUUUAAGUGAUGGAAAUAGGGGGAUAGUUUAUUUAUUUAUUAUUUAUUUUAUUCUUUUUUUUUUUGCUUUUUGAAGCCAUUUUAUAGUUUGUGUUUUUACUGUCUGCUUUAUUAGUGAAUUCCUUCAGCUGAGAUUUGAAGUGUUUUACUUUCAAAGCAAAAUCUAUUUCAUUUCAUUUAAAUCUAUUUAGUGUUCUUGGUAUCAUAUCCUACUUUCAAAUUGAGAAUUAAUUUUUUUUUAAUCUCAUAAAUGUUCCGAGAAGGGACAUUUGCAGUAUAUUAAUCUGUUGAAGUUCCUCCUAAAAUACUAAACUCAAGUGUCAGUCUUAUGUCGAAAUUACAUUUGUAAAAAUGAUCCGUAAAUGAUCAGUAAAUCCUACCAAAGCCUGCCAUCUAGUGACACGUGGUCAUGAUGAUUGGAUUCAAAAACAAAUGCGGUGUUUGAAAGCUUGGAGUCAUAUUCAGUCAUACUGAAAAUAUUACAGUGUUCCUAAGGUGUUCAUGAAACAUAUUUAGUACCAUUUUGAGUAUUGCACUUCUGGUCUAUUAGGCAUUCAUAGACAACUGCACUGAUUUACUGUGGCUUACAUGGUCAGGUUAGCAUAUUACAAAAAAGAUAUAAUCACAUGUAUACAACUGUGCCAUCACUGUCAGCUUUCAGGACACAUUUGUCUGUAACUGCUUUAUAAAGUGCCAAUGCCAUGCUCUAAUGUAAGGCCAAGUAAUAUAUACUUCAUUGUGAAGCAUGUUAUAAAGUCUGACUUGAAGUGUGACCUUAUCAAAAUGUUUGUUUUUUCACAUAUUCUAGUGAAUUUCUGAAAAUAAGUUAAUUGGACAAUUUAAAGAGCAUGAACACUAAUCCAAAUAUGUGCAUCUUCCCUCUCAUUUUCAAAGAGCCAAACAGGUGUUAGCAAUAUCUGGGGUGAUUGUCAAUGUUUUCAAUUUCAAAUGAUGUCUUGUGCCAGUAUUUAAGAUGCAGAGUCCAAACAUAUUUGAUGACAACUUGCUUUGUUCACAGAAAUGUUGUUAUUUAGAGUAAAAAUCAAUGUUCUGUAUUUUCAGUAGGUUUAAUUGAAAAAUUGUUGUGAUCAUUUGUGCAUUACUACUGUUUUAGACCUAGAUAUUGUAAGACAGACAGUGGGGGUUGUCCGUUCUUAUAAUGUCCAACUUGAUGCCUACAUUUUUAGGCCGAUGAGUCCCCACCAGAGGGAGCUACACUGGAGUAAAUAGCCUAAUGGCCUGAGUCAUUAGGCUAUGACAGAGAUUUUCAAGUGGAUACUUCACUUUGGCCAGUAGGCACCUCCUUCAACAUUUUGUUGGACAAACCCUGAUUCUGUUAAUAAUAUUUGAGUGUGAGUGGUGCUGUCUCACUCAAGAGCAGGGGUGUCCACUCUUAUCCGAAAAGGGCUGGUGUGGGUGCAGAUUUUUUGUUGCCGAGCAUUAAUACACCCAGUACUACUUAUCAAGGUCUUGAUUGAAGACCAUGAUUGUAUAAUUAGUUGAAUCAGGUGUCGUUGUGCUGGGCUUAAACAAAAACCUGCACCCACACUGGCCCUUUUCAAAUAAGAUUGGACCAACUCUGCGAGUAUUGCUAUCUCCAAAGAUUUUUGCAUUUCAUAUAUUGAGAUCAUUGGAGUACUCACCCCCUAUGUUUGUCUUAUGAAAUAAAUGUUAACAUUUGUUUACAUUAGCUGCUUUGUUGUAACACUAAUAUGUAUUUAUUGAAAGUUUUAUGUUAAUAAUAUUUUGAGUUCAGAUAUAUAUUAAUGUAUAUUUUUGAUUAUUUAAGUUUUUGGAUUGUAGACAUUUUAACUACCCAGAGCAUUUUCUAUUUGGCAUUCAUAUUUUACAAAAUGUGUUAUGUUUAUAUGUAGUUUGAAAUUGCAAUAGGUGAAACUGUCAAGCUUAGGGAAUUAUUGUAUUCAGGAGAAGAAAGGUACGAUUGUAAAACAUCAAAUGCACUUUUCGCUUGGCCUUAUUUUUCAUUUGUUACUUUCUGUAAAUGGUAUGUUAAGAUGUAAGAAUAUUCGAGUAUUCUUAAUAAAACAAAAUGGUACAAUACCGUA